AUGGCUUUUGAAAUUAUUACCGUACCAACUAAACCUUAUAACGACCAAAAACCUGGUACUUCCGGUUUAAGAAAAAAAACAACAGUCUUUUCUAGUGAGCCUAAUUAUGUUGAAAACUUUAUACAAAGUAUAAUGGAUUCAAUCCCAGAAACCCCUAAAGACGCUGUUUUGGUAAUUGGUGGUGAUGGCCGUUACUACAAUGAUGUUGUUAUGAACAAGAUUUUACAGAUUGGUGCAGCCAAUGGUGUCAAGAAGUUUAUCAUUGGUCAGCAUGGUAUUUUGAGUACGCCAGCUACUUCUAAUAUCAUUAGGAAAUAUAAAUGUACCGGGGGUAUCAUUUUAACCGCUUCCCAUAACCCUGGUGGUCCCAAAAAAGAUUUUGGUAUCAAGUACAAUUUAUGCAAUGGUGGACCAGCCCCUGAAUCUGUUACUAAUAAAAUGUAUGAAGAUUCGUUGCAUUUGUCCCAUUACAAAAUUAUUAAGGAUUUGCCUCCUUUGGAUCUAUCCACUAUUGUGACUGGUGCUAAAUUUGGUCCUGUUGAGGUUGAUAUUAUUGAUUCCACUAAAGAUUAUGUGGAAUUGCUAAGAGGAAUUUUUGAUUUCCCAUUAAUUGAAAAGUUUUUGCAGAAAAAACAAGAAAGCAGCGGUAGCGGUCAAUUUCUUUUGUUUGAUUCUUUGAAUGGUGUCACUGGUCCAUACGGAGAAGCUCUAUUUGUUAAAGAGUUUGGAUUAGACCCUAAAAAGUCUAUUCAAAACUAUGUUCCAAAACCUGAUUUUGGCGGGUUACAUCCGGAUCCAAACUUGACGUAUGCCAGAACUUUGGUUGAGGCAGUCGAUAGUAAGCAUAUUCCAUUUGGUGCCGCUAGUGAUGGGGAUGGUGACAGAAAUAUGAUUUACGGGUAUGGACCUACCUUCAUUUCGCCAGGUGAUUCGGUUGCUAUCAUUGCUUCCUACGCAAGCAGGAUUCCUUAUUUUGCCAAGAAUGGAAUUUACGGUUUGGCACGUUCUUUCCCAACCAGUGGUGCUAUUGAUAAAGUUGCUGCUAAGUUGGGGCUGAACUGCUACGAAGUCCCUACGGGUUGGAAGUUUUUCUGUGCUCUAUUUGAUGCCAAAAAAUUAAGUAUUUGUGGUGAAGAAAGUUUUGGUACUGGGUCCAACCAUGUUAGGGAAAAAGAUGGUCUUUGGGCUAUUGUGGCAUGGUUGAAUAUUCUAGCCAUUUAUGAUAAGGAGAAUCCAACUUCCAAUGACGUUUCAUUGAAGGUUAUUCAACAUAACUUUUGGAAGGAGUAUGGUAGAAAUUAUUUUACUAGGUACGAUUACGAAAAUGUUUCAAGUGAAAAUGCUAAUAAAGUUGUUUCACACUUAAAAAACUUUGUUAACAGUGAGGAACAGUUUGAUGGGGCUAGAACUGUUGUUGAAAGGGGUGAUUUCAGUUACACUGAUCUUGAUGGGUCUGUCUCUUCUCAUCAAGGGUUAUAUUUGAAGUUUGCUGAUGGUUUGAGAAUAGUGCUUAGAUUGUCUGGGACUGGUUCCUCAGGUGCCACUAUUAGAUUGUAUGUUGAGAAAUAUACGAAUGAGGAGAAAGAUUUGUACCAUAGUGCACAGGAUUUCUUGCAGAAGGAUAUUUCUGCAGUUGUUAAAUUUUUGAGGUUUAAAGAAUACAUUGGUACCGAUGAGCCAACUGUCCGUACAUGA